GAUGGCGGUGCGGAAGAAAGACGGCGGCCCGAAUGUAAAAUAUUUCGAAGCGUCUGAUACCGUUUCUCAGUUUGAUAAUGUCCGCGUCUGGCUGGGAAAGAAUUACAAAAAGUACAUCCAGGCCGAGCCCCCCACCAACAAGUCUCUGUCCAGCCUGGUGGUCCAGCUGCUCCAGUUCCAGGAGGAGGUGUUUGGUCGGCAUGUCAGUAACCCUCCGCUCACCAAGCUGCCAAUGAAGUGUUUUCUGGACUUCAAGUCAGGAGGGGCUCUCUGCCACAUCCUGGCUGCUGCCUACAAGUUCAAGAGUGACCAAGGAUGGCGCAGGUUUGACUUCCAGAAUCCGUCGAGGAUGGACCGAAAUGUCGAGAUGUUCAUGACGAUCGAGAAGUCCUUAGUGCAGAACAACUGCCUGAGUAGACCAGUCAUCUACCUGAGCUCUGACAUAGAGCCAAAACUGCUUGGGAAGCUGAAAGACAUCAUCAAAAGACAUCAGGGUUCAGUAACUGAGGACAAGGCCUCCAGCUCCCAUGUUGUUGUUCCUAUUCCUACCAGCCUGGAGGAAGAGGAGUGGGUGCGUCCUGUGAUGAAGAGAGAUAAGCAAGUGCUGCUCCACUGGGGAUAUUUUCCUGACGGUUAUGAUACCUGGAUCCCAGCCAGUGAGAUUGAGGCUGCUGUGGAGGAUCCUCCCAGCCCAGAAAAGCCCAGGAAGGUCCAUGCCAAGUGGAUUUUAGACCUGGACCAGUAUAACGAGUGGAUGAAUGAGGAGGACUAUGAAGUGGGCGAGGGCUGCCCUAAGAGGAAGAGGAUCUCAGCCAAAACCCUGACAGAUGAGGUGACCACACCUGACGAGCGGAGGGACAAGAAGCCUGGCAGCGCCAAGAAGAGGAAGAGGUCACCGUCGCCCUCCCCUACCCCUCCGCCUCAGGAGAGCAAGAAGAAGAAUACCAAAAAAGGGCCAACGACCCCGUACACCAAGUCUAAACGGGGCCAAAGGGAGGAGGAACAGGAGGAUCUAAGUAAAGACUUGGAUGAAGCAUCACCUGUUCCAGCAUCUGAAGAGGGAAACCCACCUAAGACAAAUAGCACCAAGAAGGACUCUGAUUCAACUCCAGUCAAGGGAGGAACAGAUAUGGACGAGCAAGAGGAUGAGUCCAUGGAAACAGCAGGCAAGGAGGAGGAGGAAGGCUCUCCGAGCGUGAAGGGUGAACCAGUGAAAGGCUCUGACCUUCACGAGGACAAUGUGACUGAGCAAACUCAUCACAUUAUUAUACCGAGCUACGCUGCCUGGUUUGACUAUAACAGUGUUCAUGCCAUUGAGCGCCGAGCCCUGCCAGAGUUUUUCAAUGGGAAGAACAAAUCCAAAACCCCAGAGAUUUACCUGGCGUACAGGAACUUCAUGAUCGACACCUACCGACUGAACCCUCAGGAGUACCUGACCUCCACUGCCUGCCGCAGGAACCUGGCAGGAGACGUGUGUGCAAUCAUGAGAGUCCACGCCUUCCUGGAGCAGUGGGGCCUGAUCAACUACCAGGUGGACUCCGAGAGCCGACCCACACCCAUGGGUCCCCCACCCACCUCUCACUUUCAUGUCCUGGCAGACACUCCAUCCAGUCUGGUACCCCUGCAGCCCAAGACGUCCCAGACCCCUGCUACCCAGCAGAUAAUGUCCUUCCCAGAUAAAGUGAAGGAGAAACCAGCAGAUCUGCAAAACUUUGGGCUGCGGACUGACAUGUACAGCAAGAAGACUGGCUCUGCAAAGAGCAAGAGUACAGCGAGCUCUAUGAGGGAGUGGACAGAACAAGAAACACUACUACUACUUGAGGGGUUGGAGAUGUACAAGGACGACUGGAACAAGGUUUCAGAACAUGUGGGCAGCCGUACGCAGGAUGAGUGCAUCCUGCACUUCCUGAGGCUGCCCAUUGAAGACCCUUACUUGGAGGACAACUCCUCGUCCCUAGGACCACUGGCCUACCAGCCGGUACCUUUCAGCCAGGCAGGAAACCCUGUCAUGAGCACAGUGGCCUUCCUCGCCUCUGUCGUCGACCCACGCGUAGCCUCGGCUGCAGCCAAGUCUGCUCUGGAGGAGUUUUCUCGUAUGAAGGAAGAGGUUCCUGCAGCGCUUGUUGAGGCUCAUGUGCGGCGGGUGGAGGAGGCAGCGAGGGUCAGUGGCCGACAGGACCCGCUGUAUGGCCUGGAGGGUAGUGGCAUCGCAGGCACUGGCCUAGAGGAGGGAGACAGACCUGAUGAAAGCAGUGAUGAAAGUAAGAGUGACAGCCAACCCAGUGAAGAGAAGAGGGAGGCCAAGGACAGCAAAGAUGGGGCGACUGAGGAAGAGGAGAAGCAGGCGGAGAAUGGGAAGAAGGAAGAAGAAAGAGGAAGAGAACAAGAAGGCGAGAGAGAGGCGGACAAAACAGAGUCAGAGAUGGGUGAUGGGGAGAAGGAGAAGGAUGGAAAAGAGGGCACAGAGGAAGGACAAAGAGAAGCAGAGAGCGAAGGAGAGAGGAAGGCUAAGGUGGAGCGUGAUGUGGGAGAGGGGAACCUGGCCACCGCUGCUGCGUCUGCACUCGCUGCUGCUGCUGUCAAAGCCAAGCACCUGGCUGCAGUGGAAGAGAGGAAGAUCAAAUCUCUUGUGGCUCUGCUGGUGGAGACCCAAAUGAAGAAGCUGGAGAUUAAACUGCGACACUUUGAAGAACUGGAAACCAUCAUGGACAGAGAGAGGGAGGCUUUGGAGUACCAACGUCAGCAGCUGCUGGCUGACCGUCAGUCCUUCCACAUGGAGCAGUUGAAAUACGCCGAGAUGAGAGCCCGCCAGCAGCACUUCCAGCAGAUUCAGCACCAGCAGCACAGCCAGGCCGGGGGCCCUCAUGCCAACCAGGCUGCUCCAGCACCCCCACCCCAGGGUCCGACCGCAAGUCAGCAAGCUCCCAGCACACCAGCGCUGCAGCCGGCCCCCAGCCCUGCACCUCCAGCCUCUGCCCCGGCCCCUGAGUCCCAACCACCUCAGGGUGCUCACACCUCGCCCCCCUGCCCCCCAGGCUCGACCCCCGCUGCCCACUCCAGCUCCAGCUCCAGCACUACUCCUGUACUCCAUGAGCCCACCGCCCCUCUUCCCGGGGAAACACUCCACCCUUCAGCUCCAGUCCCACCUCCACAGUGAGAGAAAACUACAUUGCCUGAGAAUCCGAAUGACUCUGACCACUUUAAACCCUGCCGGUAUCAUCUGAAAUGAAGAAGUCAUAAACCGAAGGAAGAGAAACACACUUUACAUGUUCAGCUCUUUUUUUUAUUUGUUUUUUGUUUUUCAACAGGACAAUUGAUGUGAGAAAAAAAAAAAGAGAUUACAUCUAAAUCAAACCAGCUCUACUUUGACUCUCUGUUGAAAAAGAAGUCCCUUUUAAAUUGAAUCUGCCUAUGAAGAAAAUGUACUUUCAAACCGAAGCUGUUCAUCCUGUGCGGUCGAUCGGACAGCAACAUUUCACUUCCUAAUUGUAAGCUUAACAACAGAGAUCUGGUGAACUAAGAGGGUCUUAACCAACAUGCUGCCACUCAAGGAGAAGAAGAGAAAAGACUCAUCUUGUGUUUUCAGUGUUUUGGAAAUUGUUGCAUUUAUUUUUUCUGCAACAGUUUGUCACAGCUUGUGAAGUCCCGUGCUUUACUGUCUCUCCAGAGUUUCCCCCUUGUACUGUAGGUACUAAUUCAAAUACACAGUAUGUAAGAGAAAAAUGCACUUUUAACAUGUUUCCCAAGGUCUCAUUGAAAGACUUGAAGCAUCCAUGAAAUUGAACUUUAGCACUUAUAUCGUCCUUUUGUUGUCUUAAAUACUUUUUCAUGCUGAAGUUUUUGGAAACUUGAUUGGGAAUGUUACUUUUUCCUCUCAAUUGCUUUUUUUUGUAUUACAUGGACAAACGGUCACUCGACAGGGUCUGGCCUCAAUGUCUCUCCAGAGAAUUGUCUGUAAUGAAUGAAAACGAAUCGAAAGCCAGUUGGAAAUUAAGUUGGUUCGGAUGCAGUUUGAGACAAUGUACUGUAAACUGGAUUUUCUGUUACAAACGCAUCUUGUGCUGGCCUGUAAUGAUACUAUUUGAAAGUACUGACAGCAUUAGAUCAUCAUCCUGAAAAGACCUCUCUAAUAAUGUCCUUCCUUUCAACAGCACUUAGAGAAAAACAUGUCAGCGAUGACGUUCAUGUUUUUCAAAUCUGGAUCAACUGAAAAACAUCCAGGUUAUAGUUUUGUGAGGAAUGUAGUUUUGUUCAAAAGACUGAAAGUCUGGGAAUAAUAAUUCUAACAGUGACCGGAUAAGUGUUUGUUUGUUUUUUUUUUUUUUUUUUUCAUAAUUUGACUUUGUGUUUAUUGCUAAACCAAAAUGUUUUUAUAAUCAUGUUUAUCUCGCAUUUAUUCAAUGAGUUUAAUUGUGGUUGCUUGGGAAAUUAAGAGGAUGUUUUUUUAGCAGCUUGUUUUUGCUGGUGCAUUUCAAGUUACACAUGGAAGAAAUGUGAAUGCUGUCAAAAAAAAAACAAGGGCGCUUGCACCUUAAACAGCUGACAAUGGAGAAUUGUGUCCUUAAUAUCUGCAACAAUAUCCUCACUUUUUAUCCUAUCAAGUUUUAUAUUUUUUACUGUCUGUUUUUUCAUCUUCUUUCUUUGAUAUGUCAACAUUGUAACUGUAUAUUGUUACCUUUGUAGCCUAUAUUUACCCUCUCCACUGUUGUGUAUGAAUCAAGCAGGUCUGUUGGAUCCGUCUUGAGAUGUGACUGUGAGCAUGUGUGUAUGUGAACGCAUGCCAUUAAGAGCUGUAAACCACAUUACCGUUCAGUUUUAUUUCCAGUGCCAUUCGUCGUGUGUCACAAAGUUUGAAGAAUAAAAAAAAAAAGAAAACUGGCUUCGUUCUGCACACGACACGCCACGUCAGUGUCAUGAAAUAUAAUCCAGUCAGAAGGUGAAACUUUACAGUUAAUGUCCGUCAAGCCAGUAUUGCAGACCUCACCACAGCAGUGAGCAUAUAUGGACUUCUUUUAUCUGUGUUAUUACUACAUUGUGUGGAUUUUGUGAUAUGAAAUAAGUGUAUGUUCAGUUUCUGUAUGUUUUUCACUAUGCUGAAGGUAGCAGCAAUUGCAUUGAUUAUUAUACAGUAGAAAUCAAUUUUUCCUCAAUAAAUCAUCACAUUUGUGCUGACGGUUACUCUGGCAGUUUGUAUUAGAAAAAAGGUAAAACAAAAGGUUCAGGUUUUGAUUACAAAAUGUUUGGGAAAAAAAUAAAGAUGUGAUGAGGAUA